AUGGUUCCAAGGCAGUACAGUAUAAGUACCUGUAAUAACACAAACAUGCCUGAUUUCAUCCUGAUGGGGCUGACAGACUCGGAAGAGAUCCAGCUGGUGCUCUCUGUGCUCUUUCUCCUGAUAUACCUGGUCACUGUGCUGGGGAACAUAGGGAUGGUAUUGAUCAUUCGCCUGGAUAUCCAGCUUCACACUCCUAUGUAUUUUUUUCUCAGUCACCUGUCAUUUCUUGACCUCUGUUACUCAAAUGUCAUCACGCCUAAAACCUUAGGUAACUUAGUGACUUCCAAAAAGAGCAUUUCAUUCACAGGCUGCUUCACACAGAUGUACUUUUUUAUCCUGUUUGGUGGUGCUGAAUGUUUUCUUCUCUCCUCAAUGGCCUAUGAUCGCUAUGUGGCUAUCUGCAAUCCUCUCCAUUAUCCACUUAUUAUGUCCACAAAGCUGUGCUGUGCCCUCCUCACUGUGACCUAUCUGAUUGGAUUCAUAGAUUCCUCUGCCAGUGUGUUUUGCAUAACUAGAUUGCCUUUCUGCAAAUCUAACAUAAUCCAUCACUUUUUCUGUGACAUAAACCCAAUUUUCACCCUGUCCUGCGAGGACACUUAUAACACUGAAAUUGUGAUAUUCAUUUUUGCUGGUUCUACCCUAAUGAUGUCCCUUAUCACAAUAGCUGCAUCCUAUGUGUCCAUACUCACUACUAUUCUGAAAAUUAAUUCCACCUCAGGAAAGCAGAAAGCCUUUUCUACCUGUGCCUCCCAUCUACUGGGAGUCACCAUCUUUUAUGGCACUAUGAUUUUUACCUAUUUAAAACCAACUAAGUCCUACUCACUGGGAAAGGAUCAAGUGGCUUCUGUUUUUUACACCAUUGUGAUCCCCAUGCUGAAUCCUCUCAUUUACAGUCUUAGAAACAAAGAAGUGAAAAAUGCUUUCAAUAGAGUCAUGCAGAAGAGAGGGGUUCCUGGCAGUUAA